AUGGCUCAGGAGGCGAGCACCGAGCGGACGCGCGCGCACGCCGACUACCUGCCGGUGCCGGUGCCGGGCGCGGGCGCGGGCGCGGGCCGCGUGCACGCGCCGCGACCGCCGCCGGCGCGCGCGUGGCUCGAACACGAGGACCCGGAGCGCGCCGCCGGCAGCGCGACCAACAGCCCCGGGGAGAGCCGCCGCCUGCUGCCCGCGCCCGGCGCACACAAGUCGCGGCUGCAGUCCGGCCUCACGCUCACCGUGCGCAACUCGCCGAAGAAGCACUCGAAGUGCACGCUCUCCGCCAGGUUUGGGAAUCCCAAGGCGAAGACAAGGUCGCAGAAAAGGAAAGACAAGAUUAUCGCUGCCCUCAAGCCGCCCUAUUUUAUUCUCAGCAUGAUCAUCAUAAUGGUGUGCAUCCACGCAUGGGGUUCGGCGGACCUUCGCGCGGUCCUCGAGUGGUCGCCGAGCGGGUGGUGGCGCGAGCCCUGGCGGCUACUUACCUACGGCUGGGUGCACGCGACAAACGCGCAUCUCGCGCUUAAUGCUCUUGUUGCUUUAGCGGUGGGCUGGCGGCUGGAGACGGAGCAGAGCUCGUGGCGCGUGGCGGUGAUGUGGGCGGGCGGCGUGGCGGCUGGCGCACUGGGUGCCGGCGCGCUACAGCCGCACGUGCGCGUCGUCGGCGCCUCCGCCGCCGUAUACGCGCUGCUCUGCGCUCACAUACCGAACGUCUCUCUCAGGUUCGGUUACAUCCCUCUGUGGUGGUUCCGUCCGUUAAGCGUGGUAGUGCUAGCGGCGUCGGAAGGCUGCUGGGCGCUGCUGCGAUCACCGCCGCCGGCGCUGGUGGAUUACACGGCCGGCAUGCCACUCACGCCAUCGCACAACCAUAUUGCGUGGGCCGCGCACGUGUGCGGGGCGCUCGUCGGCAUUCCUUUGGCGUUUCUCGUUUUUACUGGUGAGAACGCAGCGAAGCGACACGUGCUCGUUAGCCGCGUGGCUUCUGGGGGUGCGCUGCUCUGCAGCUCGUUCCUUGCCGCACUCUACUACACCUGCUGGGCCGAGCCCAGCCAGCCACCUUGAACUGCCAGUAAUACAUGGGAAAUCAAUAUUUGCCAGUAAUCAACGGGUCCUGAAAACUUGAGAAGGUCUUAAAUAUAACGCUAAGGAAGCGGCCAGUAUCGAACAGACCGACCCCAGAGAAAUUCAUUUUUUCUCCGUCCGCUAUUCGUAACUGUUAGAAUAGAUUAAAAUGAAAUUUUUAUAAGUAUACAAAGAGACCAAAGAGCACUGUUCACUGUCAAAUGUCUUCCUACGAAGGGUUCAGUCGAUAUUUAUAAAAUUAUUGCUACUGCCUUUGUAUUUUGUAUCGGUAUCAAUAUGACAGCACUUAUUUGCGCGUAAUGCGCUUGCAUUGUUACGAGUUUGCUGAACAAUGAACAGGAAGGUAAAGCGAUUGAAUCUUUUUUAAGCAUAACGAAUAACGCAAUUAAUUGUUAAGUGUCCCAAUUAUUAGCUGUAAAUGUGAUAUACAUUAAUGAUAUCGGACUAAGCUUGAUCCCUUAAUUUAGUUUGUGUGUUUGUUUCUGGUCGGGCUGAUUUCUGUGAAAUCGUCAUUUGAUUGUUUUGUAUCAAAACAUGUAUCGGAAUGGCUAGUGAUUAUCUUCGUUUAAUUUGUUUUAAGUGCUAGUAUUGCCUGUCAAAGUUCGCCCAUUACCUAAUAUUAUAUUUUAACCAUUAUUUGAAGCAUGCUUCAGAAAUUCACGCGACUCAUUUCUAACAGAAAAAUACCUGCCGAUGAAGGUGGUAGGCUCUUUUUAUUGUUCUAGUCAUAUUAUUAAGUUAGCAAGCACAAUACAGAUAUUUGUAAUUAAUGCAUUAGUAUUUUCAAAAUAUAGUUUCGUGAAAAGUCCAUUUUAAGCAUAUUUUAAGGAUUCAAUUAAUCCGUUCGGGAAUCGCUUCAAUGUAAAAACAUAACACGUUGUCCGAACGUGAGAAGGGAUGAUGAAAAGAGAAACGGUCUGUUAUAAAUGCAAAAAUACUGUUAGGAGAAACGAUUUGCUGCCGAAGGUGAUAUUUGUGUGGUAAGAUAAAAUUAACAAUGAAUAAAUGUAAAUGAUAUAUUUCGCGAUUUUUGUUGUAUGUAAGUACUCGUAUAUCGGCAACAGACGUUCAUGCAGUAGCGGUAUCCCACUCGUACAUAUCAAGUCAAGUUGAGUUUGUUUCCAUUUCACUUGAUGGCAUUACAUUGUUGAUUAUAUUUAUCUCUCUAUUCGUGUUCGUCGAUUCACUUUGUCGUGUGUUUUCUUCGGCUUUUGUGAUGUUACAUUGUUGGCAAUAAAAAAUCUAUCUACUUUACUGUUUCUUUACUCACACUCGAUGCUUUACUCC